AUGGCAAAAAUGAGAGAAGCAGCUGCACAUUGGAUAUUGAUGCAUGAGCUUCCUUUUUCAGUAAUGGAAGAGGAAGGUUUUAAUAUGAUGCAAAGAUGUGGAAUGCCUGAAUGGGAAAAAGUGUCGCGGAUUGCAAAAGCGUGUUAUCAAUUUUGUUCGCCUUCCACCUCCUCGCCGUGGGGAAUUGAGAACAAGGUUUUUACUAUCUCUGUUGAUAAUGCUUCAAGCAAUGAUGUGGCAAUCAGGAUUCUUAAAGACACAUUUUCAAGAACUAAAAGGUUGCUUUGUGGAGGAAAGUUAUUUCAUGUUCGUUGUUGUGCACACAUUCUUAAUCUCAUGGUGCAAGAUGGUAUUUCUGAAAUUGAAGAAAUAAUUGAAGAUAUUCAUGAAAGUGUGAAGUUUAUUAAUCAAAGUGAAGCAAGAUUGAAGUCAUUUUCUGAUAUUGUGCAACAACUACAAUUGUUGGAGAGAAAACUUAUUCUUGAUUGCAAGACACGUUGGAAUUCAACAUUUGAAAUGCUAUCGAUUUUCUAUCGGGUGAAAAUGUUGCUAGACAAAAGGGCGAAUGAUGAAAAUGACUUUAUUCGAGCAAUGAUUGGCAAAAUGAAGGCUAAAUUUGAUAAAUAUUGGGGGGAAUGCAAUUUGCUCAUGUCCGUGGCCGCCGUCUUGGAUCCAAGAUGCAAAAUGAGGGUUGUUGAUUUCACUUUUGCAAGGAUGUAUUCCGAUAGAGAAGCAAGAGAAAAUAUUGCUAAAGUUCGAGAAGCUCUACAUGAGAUUUAUGAAGAAUAUGUUUGUGAAUAUCAACAUGGCAAUGAGCAUAGUGGUGAAACUCCAAUGCAUAAUAAUGAUGAUGUUGGUACUAGUGGCAAAGGCUCGUCAGGUUGGUCCGAAUUUUCAAGUUAUGUGAAAUCUAUUGAAAAAGCCUCUCCACAACAGUCAGAUUUGGAUGCAUACUUAGCUGAAGAGACAGUGCAAUCAUUGCUUUGUGGAGGAGAUUGGUGUCGAAAUCUUCAUGGAGUGAAGAAGAAAAACAAAGUUGAGAUUAGAGGAAGAACCAAUGUUUUCAGAACCGGACCGGAAAGUGAACCAAUCAAGCAACCUGGUUAUGGGUCAAUCAAUUGA